UACAUCGCUUUCUCUCUCGCACACAGCUGUACAGAACGCAUCAGUCUGCCGAGCGAGAUCGUAGAGUGCUGUGAGUCGCAUUUCGCCGUGUGAAAAACCGCCGCCGUCGCCGUCACCGACGAGCAGCCGCCUCCUGGCUCACUCUCGGACGCCCCCACGCCGCCUCCAGCAGUUUCCCACCGUCGGAAUCGGUGAAAAACCGUCAAAUGUGUGCGUGUUGAGGUUAGGUGCGUCGAUAAGGGCGAGAAUCGCUCGAGCCGGCCGUGCGAUUGCUUUUGUUUUCUCGUUAUUACUUAACUUAAAUCGGGGUGCAUCGAGUGGACUGUGGAAAUGACCAGUGACGUUUUUCGCAAAACGAAAAGUGGAUUUUCGCCGAGAUUUGGGGGAAAUUAGGGCCGAUCGAGGUUUUAAACAGCGAUGGAUCCUCCUCAAAAGCACGAGAAGAUCAAACUUGUCGAGAUAAACUCAUACUUGACCUGUUAUCUCUGCAAGGGGUAUCUGAUCGACGCCACCACCAUAUCGGAAUGUCUGCAUUCGUUUUGCCGAAGUUGCAUCAUCAAGUUCCUCCAAAAGAACUGCUACUGUCCAGUGUGCGAAGUCAUCAUCAACAAGGCCAAGCCUUGUCUCAAAUUGGAUAAGACGCUACAAGAUAUUGUUUAUAAAUUGGUUCCGGGACUUUUCGUCAACGAAAUGUACCGAAGAAAGGAGUUUUAUCAAAACAGGCCCGGAUUAGCGCCGAAAGUCUCUCCGGAGGAACGCGGAGAAGAUACCGAACGGACGAUUUUCAACCCUCAGGACGCUAUAAGUCUCUCAAUUGAGUACAUCAGUGAUGAUUCGGCCCCAGGCGCUAUACCAUCCCUACCAGCCAACACCGAACAACCUCAUGACAAUCCCAUGAAGAGAUAUCUUCAAUGUCCCGGGAUGUGUCGCAUUGAAGUUUUGAAGAAAUUCGUCAGAAAUAAAUACAAUGUCGAUACUAAUCUUUUUCAUAUUGAUAUUUUAUACAAGAGAGUACCCUUACCGGACCAUUACACCCUCAUAGACAUCGGAUACAUCUACUCAUGGAAAAGGAACGAACCAAUGAAAUUCUUCUUUCGAAUCACAGAUAUAAACAAAGUGACUGAAAGGUUCGACUACUUCGACGGCCGUACAUCACCGGAAGUCGUCCAUAAACCGGUCAAGAUCAAGGAGAAGAAGACUAGUCAGAAAAAGGAAGAAGUGAAGAAAGAGAAGAGUCCAAAACCGAUCAAACAUGAAAUUGUCUCGAGUCCAAAACCAUUCAAACCUGAAAUUGUGUCGAGCCCAAAACCUGUCAAACCUGAAGUUGUGGCGAGUCCAAAACCGGUCAAACAAGAAGUUGUAUCGAGUCCAAAACCGGUCAAACAAGAAGUUGUGGCGAGUCCAAAACCGGUCAAACAUGAAGUUGUGGCGAGUCCAAAACCGGUUAAGCCUGAUAUUGUGACGAGUACAAAACCGGUUAAACGCGAAGUGCCGAAUACAAAACCGAUCAAAAGUGAAGUGACGUGCCACAAACCGAUCAAAAAUGAAGUCAUCGCGAGUCCAAAACCUGUUAAAAGUGAAGUGAAACCGGCCAAAACUGAACAUAUGGCGAGUCCAAGACCGGUUAAAAGUGAACAUGUCGCGAGUCCAAAACCAAAACUGGUUAAAAGUGAACUUGUCGUGGGUUCAAAACCGGUGAAAAGUGAAGUGUCGAGUCCAAAACUGGAAAUAAAAAGUGAAAAGGGCGACGAAGUGCGUUUAAAACCGGAAAUAACCGAAGAAAUAAAAAACAAAAUUCAAAAUGGCGACUCGGUGUAUACGAAUAUAACAUUGAAUCGUGACGACAAUGUGGAAAUUAUCACAAAAAUACAAAAAGUGUCGAACAAAGAAGGCCAUCCUAUCGGACUUAAUAUCAUAAAUCAUACAGUGAAGAAAGCAAAAGUACAAAAACAAAACGGACAAAACGAUAAGUUAGUUCCUAGUGUCGACGUGAAGACUGAAGAAGAAAAUAAAGAAAAGGAAGAUUUUCUCAAAUCGAUCGAAUUGACGGCAAAAAGUUCGCUCGAGAAGAAAGAAACUAAACCCCCUCCUCAACUCCCUCCAAUCCCCCUCCCAUGUUCUUCAUCUUCAUCUUCGCAAAAACGGAAGAAUUCCAGUCCGAUGAAAAACGACAAAAAGCCGAAAAUCGAGAAAAAACCGAUGAAAAUCAUCAUACAACCAAAAUCCAUACAAAAUCCGACUGUCAGACAAAUGGUGACAAAUGUCAACCAAAACGUCAACAAUAUGUCAAAAAUCGUGGAACAAACGAACAAACAAACCGACCUACAGUCACUUAUCAAUAAUUGCAAAAUUAACAUCCCAGCCUCCUUAUCAAUAACUUUGAAUGAAGGUGGCGAAGGGGGGGCCCGGACACCCCCUUCAAUACCUCCCGUGAAAAACUACAUCGAAAUUUUAAAAAUCGAAGAUAAGGAUAAAAAACAGACAACCCCCACGUUUCAGAAAAUUUUUGAAGAAAGUAUUAAAAAAUCCCCCCCGACGGAAAAACCGACCCCUCUUGAUUUAACCAGCGAAAAUUCCACUACCCCCAAACGGAAAAUCCUCGAAAUAGCCUCCCAACUGUCUAAAAAAACUAAAAGUGAACAUCAAGAGAAAAAUAAAAGUGAGGACGUGGGGGGUAAAAUCGCCAUUCCUCGACUUGCGACUCAGAGGACUCUAAAGCCCCCUUCCAAAACCAGUGCCAGUUUGCAUUCGCCGAGUUUAGGGUUGAAUUAUACGGUCUCGGUGGGGCAAGCCAAAGGGGGUAAGGUGUCCCCCUCGACGUCUAAAGCCAGUUUGAGUCCGAAUCAUCUUCUCGAAAAAUAUAAUAUACAGAAUUUGGCUCAAUUGACGGCUAGUUUUAAUUUCAACGGGGGGUUUGGGGCACUCCAACAUGCCAUGAUGUUGAAGCAGAUGGAGCAUCAUAGUUGGCUGAAUCAAGGCCCGCUGUUGCAAUACGAGAAGUAUUUGCAGAGUUUGAGUGCGCAGAGUAAGUUGAUGGGGAAUAUCAAGGAGAAUUGACGGCGGGUCAAGGGGUAGGGGGUUGUUGGAAUUUUGUUAGUUUCAGUUAAAAAUUUUGGCAACUUCUGUUAAUGUUGUGUAUUGUUAUUUUCGACUUUUUUAAAUCAGUUAUGAGAGGUUUCAUUGUAUUAUAAUGUAUGUAAAUUGUAGAAUGUUAGCGUAAGGGAAAUGUAAAUUAUUUUACAAUUUUCAUUAAAAAAAAUUU